AUGGCUGUUUACACGUCCACGCAGCCGCUAGUUUCAAACCGCGGGCCACGGUUCGCGCAGGAGAACACGAUCCACCUCGUGGUCCUGUCGUGCGUGCUAUUCGCUAAAGGAGGUACUAAUACUCCAUUGACUAAUCAUUAUGUGAAUGACUUAAACUAUUAUGACAUCUCAAGCAAUGACGAUAAUUCAGAUCUUUUGGAGAAGUUUUAUUUAAUUACUGAACAAAGGUGGCACACAGACACAGUGCUACCUAUCCCUUUACUGCCAUCUACAGAGGGAAUGUCUGCUCGAUCUCAUCACAGGAUUCCUCAGUCCAUAACGGGACUGGACGAUGCUGGAAUGGAUUUGCAAGCAGCUCAACUCAGUACCCGUGCAGGACAGGAGGUACACUCCACUGCAACUUUAUCAUGGCUAGACUGGCAGUUAUCGCUCUUUAUAGCACUUUGUGCCAUCGCUGGUGCUAUUCUCUUUACAUACUUGAUUUUGUUAUGGCUAAGAAAACAAAUGUCGCGUGAAAAGGAUGCAGAGGAUGGUGAUAGGAGAGGUUUGGUAGAGGAAGGUACUGUCUGUCAUUCAGAGAAGCCUACUAAAUCUACAAAAGUAUCUGUUGAGGGCCAAUGGGUUCACCAACCUACAGUGAAACCAUCUGUAUCUGUUCAAUCUGUCCGACCAGUUACUCAGGCCACUGGUUUACCAGAGGUAAUGUCAGUGGCAACACCAGAACGUAGACCAGAACCUAUACGGAUAAAAGCUAAAGGAUUACUCGAACGACGCGGUUCAAGCGCAAGCUUGACUAUAGAAUUGGCACCUCCUCCUGAAAGUCCACCACACGUAGUUACACCUACACGCGAAUGUACCGCAGAAGAAUUUUUGUUGAGCGCUGGAAAUGUCUUAUCGAGAUCUCAACUAAAGAAGGCGGUCAGUGAUCCGUCAUCGCUUCAUAAAGAAUUCUGGGAAGUUCCAUUAAAUUUUCCCGAGGAACUAGAUAUUUGUGGAUCUUGGUCGAAAAAUAGAUACUGUUCCGUGUUACCAAAUCCACAGUCGAGAGUGGUUCUACCAGGUUCUUCCGAUGAUCCUCUUUCUAGCUACAUCAAUGCCAAUUUCAUUCGGGGAUACGAUGGAGAAGAUGCACGCUACAUUGCAACACAGGGACCAUUGGCUCAGACAGUAGCUGACUUCUGGAAAAUGGUCUGGUCAGAGAAAGUUCCUGUCGUCGUUAUGAUGACAAAGCUACACGAAGCUGCUAAAACCAAAUGCGAAGCAUAUUUUCCGCUGGAUAAAAACAGUCGUAUACAAGCUGGACCUUUCACUAUUACCGCUACUUCUAUUGACACCAGGGACGGUUAUACAGUCAGGGAUUUAGAACUUAGAUUUGAAGGGGAAAGAAGACACGUGCAGCAUUAUUGGUAUGACUCAUGGCCGGACCAUGCAGUCCCUGAAGUUGCGGAUACUUUGGUUAGUUUAGCAGCGGAAGUAAACACUCUACCAGGACCUGUUGUUGUUCACUGUAGCGCAGGAAUUGGACGGACUGGAUGUUUCAUAGCUUUAGCAACGGGAAUGACACAACUAUUGCGGGAUGGAAACGUGGAUGUUUUAGGAAUUUUAUGUCAAAUGAGGUACGAUAGAGGAGGUAUGGUUCAAACAGCUGAGCAGUAUGAGUUUGUUCAUCGUGCACUUUGUUUGUAUGAACAAACGCUGGACGGUGGUAAAUCGUCGAGUGUAGGAGAUUGACGCGACUAAGAAGUGACCAUGGGGAUUGAUCAGAAUUCAUUGGAAGAAAGAUU